AUGUCAGGUGGGCAGUGGGAUAUACAGGCUGAGCGCCGAAGAAUUGAUACGGAGUGUCCCUGCGUGGCGGUGCCCUGCCCGCACAAGUGCGGCGUCCAGACCCUCCUGAGGAGCGAGUUGAGUGCACACUUGUCAGAGUGUGUCAAUGCCCCCAGCACCUGUAGUUUUAAGCGCUAUGGCUGCGUUUUUCAGGGGACAAACCAGCAGAUCAAGGCCCAUGAGGCCAGCUCCGCGGUGCAGCACGUCAACCUGCUCAAGGAGUGGAGCAACUCCCUGGAGAAGAAGCGAGUCAUCGACAGCCAAGCAGAGAAACUGAAGGAGCUCGACAAGGAGAUCCGGCCCUUCCGGCAGAACUGGGAGGACGCAGACAGCAUGAAGAGCAGCGUGGAGUCCCUCCAGAACCGGGUGACCGAGCUGGAGAGCGUGGACAAGAGCGCAGGGCAGGCGGCGCGCAACACAGGCUUGCUGGAGUCGCAGCUGCGCCGGAUGCUGAGCGUGCACGACAUCCGCCUGGCCGACAUGGACCUGCGCUUCCAGGUCCUGGAGACCGCCAGCUACAACGGCGUGCUCAUCUGGAAGAUCCGCGACUACAAGCAGCGGAAGCAGGAGGCCGUGAUGGGCAAGACGCUGUCGCUGUACAGCCAGCCCUUCUACACCGGCUACUUCGGCUACAAGAUGUGCGCCAGGGUCUACCUGAACGGGGACGGCAUGGGCAAGGGCACGCACCUAUCGCUCUUCUUCGUCAUCAUGCGCGGCGAGAACGACGCGCUGCUGCCCUGGCCCUUCAAGCAGAAAGUGACGCUCAUGCUGAUGGACCAGGGGUCCUCGCGGCGGCACCUGGGGGAUGCGUUCGAGCCGGACCCCAACAGCAGCAGCUUCAAGAAGCCCACUGGGGAGAUGAACAUCGCCUCCGGGUGCCCUGUCUUCGUGGCCCAGACUGUGCUGGAGAACGGGACGUACAUCAAAGACGACACCAUUUUUAUCAAAGUCAUAGUGGAUACUUCGGACCUGCCGGACCCCUGACGCGUCCCCGGGGCGGCGGAUCGAGCAGAAGGCAACUCCUCCGGGGGGUUUGAA